AUGUCUAUUCCAAACCGGUGCACAGUGCUUGUCGUGGGAGGCGGUCCAGCUGGCUCUUACGCCGCGGCGGCGUUGGCCCGUGAGGGAGUGGACACCGUCCUCCUGGAAGCCGAUGUGUUUCCCAGAUACCAUAUUGGCGAGAGCAUGUUGCCAUCAAUCCGACACUUCCUUCGUUUUAUUGACCUGGACUCCAAGUUCGACAGCUAUGGCUUUGUGAACAAGAAUGGCGCUGCUUUUAAACUCAACUCCAAGCCGGAAGCUUACACCGACUUCAUCGCCGCCGGGGGUCCGGGGAGCCAUGCAUGGAACGUCGUGCGGUCCGAAGCCGAUCACCUCAUGUUCAAGCAUGCAGGGGAGAACGGCGCCCAAGUGUUCGAUGGAGUGAAGGUGAACAGCAUUGAAUUUGAACAGAUUGACGGACUGACUGUCGACCCAUCACUGUCUGAGCUGGGACGUCCCGUUUCCGCAACUUGGUCGUGCAAGGCCACGGGCGGAAAGGGAUCGAUCACCUUCGAAUAUCUGAUUGAUGCCACUGGACGGGCUGGCCUGGUUAGCACCAAGUAUAUGAAGAAUCGCAGGUACAACCAGGGUCUCAAGAACGUCGCCAGCUGGGGUUAUUGGAGCAACGCGGGUUCGUACGGAGUCGGAACUCCUCGUGAAGGGGAUCCGUACUUUGAGGCUAUCGAAGAUGGAAGCGGAUGGGUCUGGCUCAUUCCCUUGCACAAUGGCACGACGUCCAUCGGCGUCGUUAUGAACCAGGAAGCUGCAACCGCAAAAAAGCGCGAGACUGGCGCAACAACAAAGGAUCUUUACUUGAACACUAUCAAAAACACCCCCGGAGUCUGGCAGCUUCUCGAUAAGGCCGAGUUACAGUCAGACCUCAAGUCAGCAUCCGACUGGUCCUACAACGCUUCGAGCUACGCCAGUCCUUACCUACGAAUUGUGGGUGAUGCCGGUUGCUUCAUUGACCCUUUCUUCUCAUCCGGAGUCCACCUAGCCCUUGCUAGUGGACUAUCAGCCGCCCUGACUAUCCGAGCUGCCCAGCGAGGUGAUUGCGACGAACAGGCUGCCGUCAGCUGGCACUCUAAAAAGGUGGCCGAGGGCUAUACCCGUUUUCUGCUGGUGGUCAUGAGUGCACUGAAACAGAUCUCUGACCGUGAGAAGCCUGUGUUGACCGACUUCGACGAGGACAGCUUCAAUCGUGCAUUUGACUUCUUCCGACCAAUCAUCCAAGGCACAGCCGACGUGGACAAGAAUCUCACCCAAGCUGAGAUCGCCCAGACAAUCGAGUUCUGCGUGCAGGCGUUCCAAACCGCUAGUACCGACGAGCAAGACGCCGUGAUGACGAAGGUGGCCGCGAUCAACUCGCAGAAUGGCACUGAGGGCGCACUGAGGGAGCUCCAUGCCAGCUUAUCGGCCGACGAACGACGCACUCUCACCACCAUCCAGGCUCGCCAGAUCAUUCGGUCCGAGGACCAGAUGAACAUCGACAACUUUACAAUCGACGUGAUCGACGGCAUGGUGCCUCGGCUGGAACGCAGCUCACUGGGGCUGGCACGAUUUGUGCCCAAGGCGCAGACGAGUCGCGAGGAUGGCCUGCGGGCGACUUUGGGCUUGCCGGAAAAGCAGAAAUCCAUAUUUUCCUAUUAG